CAUCCAGUUGAUAGGUUCUGUUAGUUUGCUUGCGGUUGUUGUUUUUUCUUUAUUUUUAAUGCUUGCAUCACUUGUUAAUAUUUUGAGAUGUUUUCGUUAUUUCUCAUGCUACGUUAGGGAGACUUGGGACCACAAUUGGUGACUUAUCAUCAAACUUGAGGCAUAUAUCACAUUCAUGUCGUGUGACUAGUCUAACGUGGGUGAUUAAGAUCCCUUCAAGACUACAUCACAACCAUCUGUUGAAACUUCAAUUGAGACAGACACAGCAAACCUGCGAGCCUUCCUCAAACCAGGGAAAGAUAUUCUUUAGGUGCUACUCAGGCACGUGAGUACUCAUACUUUAUUUACCGAAACCAAUAACACAUCCUUCUUGAGCGCGGUGUUAUUAAAUUCGAUCGAUCAUAUCAAAAAUGGCGGAUGAACUUGCAGAAAUCCUAAAGGAAAAGGCAAAGCAAGCAAUUGGCGUCCAUUCUUCAGACCUAUAUGAUCUGAGCAAAGGAAUAUGGAAGAACCCACAACUGAAUUUUAAGGAAACGUAUGCUCACGAGCUACUAACGAAGUUUUUGGCGGAGCAUGGUUUCUGUGUUACACCUCAUUACACUUUGGAUACGGCUUUCCGAGCUGAGUGCGGAGAGGAUGGAGGUCUAACAGUUGGUAUUAUCAGCGAAUAUGAUGCUUUACCAGAAAUAGGACACGCUUGUGGACAUAAUCUGAUCGCUGAAUCAGGAGUAGCAGCAGCUUUGGGUAAACUUUACGUCAGUAAUUGUCUGUAUCAAAUUAAUGUAUGCAAGUAGAGGCAAAAUAAUUAGGUCUCGUUUGGUCUGUUAUGAUUUGUCGUCAAACUGUGUAAUUCCACAGAUAGGGCAAAUUUGGCUUUAAAACUUUUCAAAAUUGUUGUUAAAGGCGUAUUUAACGAAACGAUUUUGUGCCAGUGAGGUCAGGUUAAAUAUUAGUACAGUGACGUGGACGAAUUAGCAUGUAACUUCUCCCUAUAAUAUCCAUACACUUUCCAGCUAACAGGUAAUGAAAAUAAUCAAACAUAUCAGGUGGAAUUUUUGGUCUUGAUCUAACACCAAAUUCUCAUGACUAAUUUGUAUAGGUAAUCACAUGAUUUCGAGUGCAAUUUGGAAUAAAUAAGCACGAGCAAAUUUUUUUAAAGACUAACAAAAUUGCACGAGCCCGUAGGGCGAGUGCAAUUUGUGGUCUUUGAAAAAAAUUAACAAGUGCUUGUUUAUUCCAAAUUGCACGAGAAAAAUCAUGUGAUUACGUGUUAAUAAUAUUCAUGGAAAAACACGAGAUGGCUUAUCAUAAUAAACAAGCAAAGCGCGCGCGUCAAGUGCAAAAAUCAUUUAUUCAACCUUGCGUUCGGUCAAAACAACCGCGUACGAUCAAAAUAAUAAUAAAUUAUGCAAUGAUAUCUUCACAUCUUUAAGGUGCAAAAAAGUUCAAAGUCCGGCUAAACAGUUCAAGGAAUUGUUCAGUCUGUGUCCUAAUCACUUUCGAUGAAAUGGAAUCGUCGUUUCCGAGGUUUAACCAUGUUUGUUUUUAAUUUCGGCGUGUGAUCGCUCGAGCAGAGUGUUAAGCUGGGUCGGCUCGUAAUUUUCGAUUUCCUCGGCAAUUCCCUUCUCUAAACACCACUUUUUCCAUACCGACAACCAAAAAGCAGUGCUUUUUACAGUGUUUUCGUUGUUUACGCUGUUUUUCAGCUGCGGUGGCGAAAGAAAGCCUACUUAAAACACCGGCCAUCGUUUCGCUCGCAAAUUUUCAAAUGUUCAAAUUUUCAAAUUUUCAAAUUUUCAAAUUUUCAAAUUUUCAAAUUUUGUUGCGACAUCCAAGGCUCGCAUUUGAUUGGCUAUCUGUGAGUUUCUUUGAUUAUUGACCAAUCAGAAUGUCUGAUUUGUUUCUUUCUUUGCACUGAAUUAACCCUCUUCUGCACUGAAUUAACUCUCUUCUGCACUGAAUUACCUGAAAACUGCAUUUAUCUUAACCAAUCAGAACUAAGUAAUUUUUCCAUGUAUAUUAUUAAAAAAGAAAAUGUGCAGCAGCUAGAUGGGAAAAUUAACAAUCAGAUCUUGGGUAGUUAAGGGGUUUUUACCCUCGUUUCUAUGAGAUUCCAAUACAAGGUUGAGUCGCAGUUUGUGUGAAGUAAUAAUAUCACAUUUCUGUACCGUUCUAAUUUCGCUUUGAAAAAAUUAAAAUGCUCAUUCUCCCAAUAAAUCACCGCAGGUCUGAAAAUUGCAUUGGAUUCAGUAAAUCAGAAACCCAAAGUCAAAAUUGUUCUUCUUGGAACUCCUGCUGAGGAAGGAGGAGGGGGAAAGAUUUUGAUGAUCAACAAUGGCUGCUUCAAAGAUCUUGACUUCUGUAUGAUGGUUCAUCCUGCCGAUAUAGACGAGCUUAAACCUCCAUGUUUAGCUAUCGAACAAGUCAAAGUUACUUACCAUGGUCAUUCCUCGCAUGCUGCCGCAUCCCCUUGGAAAGGAGUCAAUGCAUUGGAUGCAGCAGUCAUGGCCUAUACGAGUAUAAGUGUAUUGCGACAGCAGAUGAAGCCCAAAUGGAGCGUUCAUGGUGUUAUCACGGAGGGAGGUGUGAAGCCAAACAUCAUUCCUGAUCGCGCACAGAUCCAAUACUACAUCCGAGCUCCGACCGACAAGGAACUUGAUGUCUUGAAAGAAAAGGUCAUAAAUUGUUUCGAAUCAGCAGCCACGGCCACAGGUGAAAUAGACAGAAGACAAUUAUGACAAUUAGCUGUAACAUUUCUGGUUAUAGAGUGCGAUUGCCUGAGGCUGUUUGCAGUGACCACAGGUAGCCCAAGCUUGCACAAUGAGCCUCCGUGAACAUGUUUGUGUCCUACAAGGGACAAAAUAAAUGCAUUUGCAGGACAACAGUUGCAAUAUUAAGCAAACAAUCUAAAAUAUUGAUAUCUAAAAACAAUUUAACUUCCCUUUCUUUGAACCCUGUGACUUUCUUAGGCUGAUGUGCGGUUCUUUAGCUCUGCUUUAAUCCCCCCGCCAUCCCUUUGCCCUCUAAAUCGUCACUUCCGGAUUCCGUCACUCACCGUGGGAAAGACUUCUUGAGAGGCCAAAGCGUGGGAAACAUACCAAGCAUACGAAACUCACUAGAUCUAAAGGAAGUAAAGUUUGUUUUUUAUUUUUAUGAAAUUAGUUCAGAUUGUUGGAUUAAGAUUGCGACCUUUCAUUCUCAUGCAAAUCCUUAAAUUUCCCUUACUGCUCGACACAAACAUAUUUACACAUUUAUGGAGGCUCAAUCUGCGUUCUUGCACUUCCUGUGAAGUGAUUGGAAGUUUUUGCCUCACUCAUUGAUUUUCCUCGUUAUUCUUUUCUAGGAUGCACGGUAUCUAUUGAAUGGGAUCCAAAACGUUACUCCAGUUUGGAUACAAAUGACACACUGGCAAAUCUCUAUCAAGCCAAUGUCAUGACCUUGGGAGUAGCGUUCAAUCCUCCAAAGAAAGAACUGAGUGGCUCUACAGAUAUGGGAAAUGUCUCCCAAGUAAUCCCGUCAAUCCACGUAAUGUACGGUAUUGGCAGCGACGCUGUGAACCAUUCUCAUGCAUUUACUUCAGCAGCAAUAACGGAGAUUGCCCACGAGAGAACUUUGAUUGCAAGCAAGGCGAUGGCCAUGACUGCUAUUGAUGUUCUAUGCAAUCCCGAAUUUAUGCAAAAAAUCAAGAAGGACUUUGAUAGAACACACAGCCUCUGA